UCCAACACACAAACAUCACUGGCUGUUGUUACCGUACACGCCUAUAGUACACGUGGACAGACUUAUACCCUUUGGUCUAUCCACUGCUGGAUAAGGGCCUCCCCGCGCCGCGUGCGGGCCUACUGAACGCCUGUGAAAAAGAGCUUGAUAGCUCAUCGGAUUCCUCCGGUAGAAGUAUUCCGGGUCGUACGGGUACGACACCAAGAGAUGGACAAAAGGAGUCGUCCCCGUGUACAGGGGGGAUGGGCGACGCCAGCCGCCAACAACAAAUCUCGUCCACCUGCAGCCUCUCAACAAGUGACAAAGGCACCCAUCUCUGCACCAAAGCAGAACAACGCCGAAACUCAAGAUGGGAAGUUUGUGUAUGUGGACCCAGAGAAACCUCUGAGAAGAGCACCUGAUGUAAAAGUCAUUAACGCGGCUGGUGACUACGAGAUCAGCACGGGCCCUACUGGUGUGUCCAGCCUGCGGCUCUUUCCUGGAUUUGUUGAGCGCGCCGAGGCCGACUGGAUGUUCGAGCAGCUUGCGGCCGAGAUCCCAUGGGGGCAAAGGACGUACACCAAGCACGGGGUGACGAGUCUGGAGCCCCGGCUGACGUGCUGGUACGGGGAUCAUCCCUACACCUACUCGCGGCUCACCAUGGAAGCCAACCCACAUUGGCAUCCGCUGGUGACGAUGCUGCGCGACCGCAUCGCGGAGGUCACGGGGGUGCAGUGCAACUCGGUGCUCGCCAACUGGUACCGCAACGAGCACGACAGCGUGGACUGGCACUGCGACGACGAGCCCGACCUGGGCCCCCAGCCGUCCAUCGCCUCCCUCAGCUUGGGCGAGAUGCGCUCCUUCGAGCUGCGCAAGAAGCCCCCGCCGGAGGAUGAAGGGGACUUCACCUACGUGGAGCGUCUACGCGUUCCUCUAGGCCACGGCGAUCUCAUUCUCAUGUUCGGGGCCUUGCAGGACGACUGGCAGCAUCGAGUUCCCAAGGAAUACCACAGCCGGGCUGGCAGAAUAAACCUCACCUUCCGCACCAUCUACCCCAACAAGACCGCACACACCUGAACAAGGACGUCUCCCUGGGCCGAAGAUCGUCCAGAAUGGAUGUCGGCGUCAGGCCCGUUGGCAUCUGAGACGUUCACUUACCAAGGAGGUGGCUGGCUGGCUGAGAAGGCAAAUGACCGUGUCCUGGCCAGGAAUCAGACUCUGGUUGUCAAGGUCAUAGCGCACUGUGCGUAAACCCAAUGCACCACCGCUUCACUCAUGUUUCCAUUGUAAGGCUGUGUUCAUGAUGGAUGUGUUGAUAUACAGUGCAUAAAAAACACACAUUUUUCAGAGAGGUAGGCAACUAUUGGUUCCAUAUGCAGCCAGGAGCAUUCCUCAGUGUUUUUUGAGACCACAGCUAGAAUCACCUUCUCCGAGUUAUCCUCGCCACCGCCUUGUCAACGUGUUGUUGCUUAAGCAAUAAAGCCACACAUCUGUAACGUUGUUACUACAGGAGGUGGCCAGAUGGCUCAGGAAUUAGAGCGCUGAGUUGACACUAGUGGGGUUCUGGGUUCGGAUCCAGAUACCGUCCACCUGUGAAGUUGCUAUAAAACGACAUUUACCUGGAAGAUUGUGUGCGUGCUGCAUUGAUGUGCCUGAGUUAAAAGUUGCUUAAUAACUGCCAUUUAUUUUUAUAAAAGUCGCUUGCAAAAAUCGA